AUGGAGCGGGCACCGGGAGCGUUCGGGGGACCCAAGGUUGAGCUUCACGUCCACCUGGAUGGAGCCAUUAGACCAGAGACAAUCUUGUACUUUGGCAGAAAAAGAGGGAUCCCUCUCCCCGGCAACACUGUUGAGGAGCUCCUGAAGUACGUCAGCUAUGACACACCACUGACACUUCCCCAGUUUCUAGAGAAAUUUAAUUACUACAUGCCUGCUAUUGCGGGUGACUGUGAGGCAGUGAGGAGAAUCGCCUACGAGUUCGUGGAGACAAAGGCAAAGGAAGGAAUCGCCUACGUGGAGGUCCGGUACAGCCCUCACCUCCUGGCCAACUCUGGUGUGGAUCCCAUCCCCUGGGGACAAGCUGAGGGAGACCUCACUCCAGAUGAAGUCGUUCAGCUGGUAAAUCAGGGACUACAGGAUGGAGAAAGGGAUUUCCACAUCAAAGCCAGGUCUAUUCUAUGCUGCAUGCACCAUAUGCCAAGCUGGUCUCCAGAGGUGGUGGAGCUCUGCAAGAAGUAUCGAAACGACUCUGUGGUGGCCAUUGACCUGGCUGAAGGUCAACCUUCAGAGACCCUGAAGGUGGAGAAUGACUCUGAGCAUAAGAAGGCUUAUGAGGAAGCUGAGAGGUGUGGGAUUCAUCGCACUGUCCACGCUGGGGAGGUUGGACCCGCUGCCAUGGUCAAGGAGGCAGUUUAUGUCCUGAAGGCUGAGCGUAUUGGCCAUGGAUACCAUGUCCUGGAGGACCCUGAGCUCUACAAGGAGUUGCUGAGAACAAAGAUGCAUUUUGAGGUCUGCCCAUGGUCCAGUUAUCUCACUGGAGCAUGUUCUCCAGACUUCACCAAACACCCCAUAAUACAAUUUAAGAAGGAUCGUGCCAACUAUUCUCUAAACACGGAUGACCCCCUUAUCUUUAACUCCACCAUUGACAAGGAUUAUGGCAUAGUCAAGGAAUACAUGGGCUUCACCGAAGAGGAGUUCAAGAGAGUUAACAUCAACGCAGCCCAGUCCAGCUUCUUACCUGAGAAGGAAAAGCAGGAGCUGCUCAACAAGCUGUAUGAAGCCUAUGGGAUGGUCCCCAACACAUCGUGACCCGUCCCUGUGAGCCA